CGGUGAACUAAAUUAGCUCUUGUUGUGUCUCCAAAACUGUAAAACAAAAUGUGACCUUUUCAACUUGAGUGAACAGGUUCUGAGCAGCAGCAAUUGUACAAAAACGUUUAUCUUCCGGUCAAACUGGGAAUACCGGCUCUGACGGAAACCAGGAAAGCUAUGUGCUUUGGGGGACUCCCCGAUAUAAAUGGAAACGCUUGAGGAGUAACAAAAAAUGAAUCGCAUUUGGGGUUAAAUAUUGGGAGGAGAGGCUCUUGUGGUGGCGGGUAUUGCUGGUAAUCACUUGCAAAAUAAACCACUUUUUCUCUUUUAUCUCCAACAGAUUUCCCAGCAGCACCUCACCCUGCUACUACACUAAUGCCGUCUAUCACUCAUCUCAACACUCCCCUCCAAGACGGCUGCGUACGUGUCGUGUGAUGUCACAGUCUCGCGAGAGGAGACUUGUGACGUCGGGAUUAGGUCUCUGGAUUGAGUCAAGGCGCUACACGUACACGUCUCUGCUGGACUUUUUAACAACGCUACGGGACUGCGGGCUGCGUUCAGUCAUUCGGGACUGUCCCAGGAAGAGCGGGACUGCUGGGCGGCAUGUCUCCAUUCUGAAGAUGACUGGCAGAACUCCAACUCAUAGUUACGUGAAACCUGCGUCCGUUUUAGCGACUUCAGGUGGGCACAACUAUCAGUUUCCAGCACUAGCCAACGCUGAGAGUGAUCUGCUGGAAGAAGAUGCGGAGGAAUUUGAGCUGCGCCCCCGGGGGAGAGAGAAGACACGACGUAGUACAUCGAAAGAGCGCAUUGACGAUAUUGUAUAUUUAAGCAAAGAUGUAUGUGAAGGGGACACCUUGAAUUCCAUAGCACUACAAUACUGCUGUUCUGUUGCAGAUUUGAAAAGAGCCAACAACUUUCUCAAUGAACAAGACUUCUUUGCUUUGCGGACCAUUAAAAUUCCUGUGAAGAGAUUUAGUGUACUGACACAGCCACAUUUUUCUCCGAAGGCAAAGGCUACAAGACCAGCUACUUUACAACUUUCACCAGAGCACCAAGAGAGUGAUCCCCUGAUUGGCCCCAGUUCUUAUGAGACUGCUGGCAGUUUCCUCCAAGAAGUAGAUCGAGACAUUGAAAAUAUUGUAAAAAACACAGACACAAAGAAAGAGAGCCUUAAGGAAGUUGUCUCUGCCUUAAGUCAAGAACAUUUUGAGCCUGAGCGAAUACUAGUUCCACAAAGGGAUCCCUAUCAUGGAGCAGACUGGAGCUUGGGAUGGUGGACAGCAGUUGCAAUAAUGGUAUUUGUAGGAAUAAUAACUCCAGUGUUUUACUUCCUUUACUAUGAGGUGUUAAUGAAAGCCAACACAAGUCAUUCGUUAAAUUCAAUUGAAAAACCUGGUCCUUCCUAGGAAUCCCUAUUGCAUAUCCACAAAAGAUAACAGAGGGAAAAGUAUCUCAGUAAGUGGAGUAAUGUAAUCCAAGGAAUGUACCUAGGGAGUCCUAGAUCAAAUUGGAUUCAUAUAUGGAGCAACAGAGAUUUCCAGUUGGAUGUUAAACUUCACCUUUGGCUGUUGAGGGAAGAUAAUGGAGAUCAUCACAGUAGGUCACAAUUCAUGGGAAUCUGCAAACGUUCUUAAAGGAGAAGGAAAGCUACCAAAGUAGUUUAUUGGCUAUAAAAAAAAAACACAAUAGUGCAAGCUAUGACACUUUAUUUAUUCUGCAGAA